AUGGCUUCUCCCUCGGCCUGGGGAGGGGAGUGGAGCGCAGGACCAGCAGCAGCAGCCAGAGAUUGUGUUAUCGCCGAGAUCGCGCAGAGCGUUCCACGGUCAAGUCGCGUCUGCGCCAUAGACUUUUUUGCGCAGCCGCCGAGGUCCAGGCAAGUCGCGGUGUCACAUGGUUCUUUGCAGGCUCGGCUCACGAGCCCGCAGAAGAUCGGCGGGUUUCCCGGGCUCUGCUUUGGAACGGCGCAAGUCGGCCAAGCGCCGAGGACGCCGAGGGCUGAGACAUCGCACCUCGGCGAUAUCCCGGGGGUGUCCGGGUUCUUUCACGGACUUGGUGUUUUUGACACCGUUGAUCCCAGGUCUUUUGUAGCACCACAAAGUACGUUUAACAAGAGAAUGGUUCUAUGCAUAUCGUAAAGCUACCCAUGCCGCCGCUGCAGGGAACAGAGUAACCUUGGGAGAAUUCGACAUUGGCCAACUGGUACGAGGUAGGUUCCGAUUCGGCUGACGGAAAAGCGUUCCGAAAGCGAAGUCGUUCCGAGGAAAGCGACAGUGGGACCGACCCGCCGGGCCACCGAUGACACCUGUCAGACGGCCCUGUCAGCGGGAAGCGGCAAACCACAGCGUCUUGCCGUACAACGUCUUACAGCAUUACUGUUGUAUGUGUUUGCAGGUGAUUUUAAAGUGAAGGAUUCAUCCUCUGAUUUUCACUGGGCGAAUGCCGUACAAUCACGGCACGAGAGUCUUCAGAUAUCGUGCCCAAAUUCAACGCGGGGAGACCAUCACGUCCAAGUCUCAACUAGAAUCGAUUUGCGCCUUCAGUCUCACACCUGUCAACGUCGACAUCGACUGAAUGACAUUGGCAUAUCGCAGGUCCGCUAAUGCAAUGAGAGGUGAAGAGCACCAGCGCCGAACUCGUGGAAAGAAAACGAAAUCUUCCACCGUCUUGCACUGGUACAAGCACAGAAUUCCGAGGGUACAGCGAGCACCACAAACAGUGUUUCUUGAAGUUUCCGCCAAAGGGUCUCACCUGAGGAGAGAUGAGAUGCCCGCCCAGGGGUUGCCGCAGACAGCCUAGGGUGAUUUACGUACCAGGCAAAGCUGAUUGUGACAACAGCUCUUAUAAGGAGUCGUUUCCGUCGGGCACCCUUGGCGGAAGCCACAGGGUCGUGGUUUGCCGCAGUGCUCGCGGUGUUGAUCCGCUUACCGUCGCGAAUUUGCGGACGAGUCUCACAGCCGUCCUGGUCUGGGUACGCAAUUGACAGAAGGAGAAGGCAACAUCUUUGGAAAACCCGUUGCCAACUCUAUAAAGAGAUGAGGUAAUCAAAGUCAGUAACAUAUUUGUAACACGAGGGUUGGGGGAGGUCGACGGUCGCCUAUGAUACCUGGAUGCAUUUUCUGUCUAGACUGUGAUCGCAUGUUUCUCCUCCAAGUAGACGAAAAGGAGAACCAUGGCAGACGAACCGGACGUAUCCACGCCCUCGUCGUCCACAGCACCCCCGAAAUCCUACGAAACACGACACUCGCGACACGCAAUACGCGAUGCUCGAAACGGUUGAUGGACAAGCGGGAAGGCCUGGACGAACGUGGCAAACUCUCCGCAACGGGAGAGGGCAACGUCACACCCGCAUCCGACCCGGGCCCGAACGUCGUAGUCGUUGUCGUCGUCUGUCCACAAGGCGAGGAGGGGACGUGAUUGUGAGCAAACAUGAGUCUACUUCACCGCCGCGUUGCAUUCGUGAUUCAUCGUCGCAUACGCAUCUGUGAAUCACAGCAGACGUCCGUCAGUCUUGGGGUUGUUUUAAAAAGGGGGACCCAUUUUCGUCGUGGGGAGCAGGCCUCAUUGAUGACAAGCUCGAAAUCCCAUUUAAGAUAUCGUUUUCUCUCUGUACUAGCAGUAAGAGUCCCAAGGACCCCUAGCCUCCUGCUCGAAAUCCCAUGUAUGUCGAUUUUUAGUGCCCGAAGACGAGCAUAUUUAUCAUCAACAACCUCAUACCAAUACUUUCAGUUCAAGCCGUAGACGCCUCACCUCCGGAAAAUCCGCCCAACAUGCACCUCGCAAAGCCCCUUUUCCUCCUCUCCCUCCUCGCACUCGCGGCAGCAACGCCGACACCCACCUCAACCCCACCCGCGGACGGCGACAGCGACGACGAAGUCUUCUGCCCGGGGGAUACCAUCGCCUGUGGUCCCUUCUGCGUCCAAGCUACCCAUCGUUGCUGCAACGAGCCCCUCACCCCCGACUUCUGGUCC